AAGAUUCUUUACGCGAUGGCCGAAAUGGAUCCAAAUACAUGUCUAGAACUUGCUUUAGAAGGUGAAAGACUAUGUAAAGGUGGUGAUUUCCGUAGUGGUGUUGCAUUUUUUGAGGCAGCAAUUCGUAUAGGAACAGAUGAUUUAAGAACUCUUAGUGCUAUUUAUAGUCAGUUGGGAAAUGCAUAUUUCUACCUUGGAGAUUAUGCAAAGGCAAUGGAAUAUCAUAAAUGUGAUCUCACUGUAGCAAGAGCUAUAGGUGAUGAAUUAGGAGAGGCAAAGGCAAGUGGAAAUUUAGGAAAUACAUUGAAAGUAAUGGAGAAGUAUGAUGAAGCUAUUGUUUGCUGUCAAAGACAUUUGGAUAUAUCUAGAGAAUUAAAUGAUAAAAUUGGUGAAGGAAGAGCUCUCUAUAACUUAGGCAAUGUAUAUCAUGCAAAAGGGAAGCAUAUAGCUCGAACUGGACAUCAAGAUCCAGGAGAAUUUCCUGAAGAAGUAAAAAGCUGUCUGCAUGAAGCAGUUAAAUAUUAUGAGGAAAAUUUGAAGUUGAUGAUAGAAUUGGGUGAUAGAUCAGCACAAGGAAGAGCUAGUGGUAAUUUAGGAAAUACUCAUUAUCUUCUAGGAAAUUUUGAACAAGCUAUUGUUUAUCAUGAAGAGAGGUUGAAAAUUGCUAGAGAGUUUGGAGAUAAAUCUGGUGAACGAAGAGCACAUAGCAAUCUUGGUAAUGCUCACAUAUUUUUAGGAGAAUUUGAAACAGCAGCUGAUCAUUAUAAAAAGACAUUAGCUUUUGCUGAGGAAUUAGGGGAUAAGGCAGUUGAAGCUCAAGCUUGUUACAGCUUGGGAAACACUUACACUCUUCUUCAUGAUUAUGCCAAAGCUAUUGAAUAUCAUUUAAGACAUUUAAGAAUUGCACAAGAACUUAGAGAUAGAAUUGGAGAAGGAAGAGCAUAUUGGAGUCUUGGUAAUGCACAUUCUGCAAUCAGAAGUCAUCACAAAGCUUUAAAAUAUGCUAAAAAACAUUUGGAAAUAUCCAAAGAAAUUGGAGAUCAAACUGGAGAAUUAACUGCACAGAUGAGUAUAUGUGACCUACAAAAAAUAAUUGAAUUAGAAAGCAUAACGCCAGAUUCCCAAAAUUGUAAUUUUGAUAAUAGUAGAAUGAGAAGAAUUAGUAUGGAAAAUAUGGAUUUAUUGAAAUUAACUCCUGAUGCUAAGAAAUCUUUAGAUGGGAAUAAAUUUAGAGAUGAUCUAUUUGACUUAAUUGCUGGUAUUCAGAGUAGACGAUUGGAUGAACAAAGAGCUAGUCUACCACGACUGCCUGGCUUAAAUAUACCAACCACAACCAACAUACAUAGGAACAAUAACAAUAAUAUUGAACAAAAUUUGUUACGACGUACUUCCGUCGGUAGUUCUACUCUUCCCGAUGAUGAUUUUUUUGAUAUGUUGAUGAGAUGCCAGGCGAGUAGAUUCGAAGAUCAACGUAGCAGUAUGCCAGACAUUCUCCCGUGUCGAUCUCAAAGAAGUGGCCAUUACAUGCCUACACGUCAUUCUUCGUCCCCAUCACAUUGUCCACAAACUUUCCCUGAUGACGAUUUCCUCAGUCUCAUUUUACGAUUUCAGGCAGGACGAAUGGAAGACCAGCGUUCCGCUCUUCCCGGAAAAUCGUCCUCUCCGCCUCGAGAAGAAAACGAUAACUGUUCCGAAAUCGGAAAUACGAGCAAAGCUGGAAUUAAGCCGGCCGGAUUGUUAAGAUCUAGUUUAAAAGUAGGAUCCAGAAAAGCAAGAAAGUAUUCGUUACUGCAUUUAUUUAUUUUCGAUCAUCGUCGGCGUAACUAAUAGCAGUGUCCGGUCCGAACGUUUCGACAACUCUAAGUCAUUCGAAUUGCCUCGAUCGGCAUGCGGCAAUCUCGUUCGUUCGUCGAGCUCGCAAAUGUAUCAAAACCAUCAAUCUCUCCGGUAAUUCCAAAUAUCUGCAAAUCCUUUUCCUUAUAUACUCAUUUGGUUUAUUACUGUUACUGAAAUAUUUGUUAAGCAGAUUUUUUCAUUUACGUAUGGAUACUUUGACCAGAUGAUUUCAAAUAAGAUUGUAACAGAUGUGUUUAUCUUGUUUGUUUGUCUUAUAUUUUCAUGUUUAGUUUAUAUUUUGAAGUAAUGCUAUUAUUUUUGCUGUUUUACAUAAUUUUCAUACAGUUAAUUUUAAUUAUAUCCUAAUAUUUCUUUUUGCUCAUAUUUUGUAUAUU